GCUUUUAUAUGACGUCACCCCCAGAAUGCCUCGGUAUUGCUGGAAAGCGCACGAUUUCCGCCAUUAUUUGAAAAUUUGAAUCUAUUUCAACCUAAAAUUAGGCACAUUUUGAUUGGAAAAAUCAGCUUGCUUUACUUUUUCAGCUGUCCUUAUAUACUGUUUUGUGGGUAGCCUGUAAUGGAAUUUCAAGGUACAGAACCAAUGACCCUGGGGUCGCCAACCUCCCCAAAGCCCAGUUCGGGCGCACAGUUCCUGCCCGGGUUUCUGAUGGGCGACCUGCCAGCGCCGGUGACUCCCCAGCCUCGCACCUUCAGCAGCUCUGUCGGCAGUGGGAUGGAAAUGAGGUCUCCUCUUAUGACGGGUGGUUCACCUCCUCAGCCAGUUGUCCCCACACCCAAGGACAAGAGUGGGGCACCCCCAGUUAGAAGUAUAUAUGAUGAGUUAACAUGUCCAGGGAUUGGGGCAUCAUCACUGAGUUUGCAGAAGCAACCCUCUUUUUCAGUGCUACAGACCCCAUUAUCUGCCUUGGCUGCUGCCUCCCCAGGAACAGCAUCAAGUGUAUUUAGUCCUCUCGGCCAACAGAGAAGGGCAGCCAUCUCUCCAGCCCAAGUUGAUCCUUUCUAUACCCAGGGGGAUGCACUUUCUUCAGAUGACCAUUUAGAUGAAACUUGGGUCACAGUUUUUGGGUUUCCUCCAGCAUCAGCUUCAUAUAUACUUUUGCAGUUUGCCCAAUAUGGAAACGUAUUGAAACACGUGAUGUCUAAUAAUGGCAAUUGGAUGCAUAUUCAGUAUCAAUCAAAACUCCAAGCUAGAAAAGCGCUCAGCAAAGAUGGGAAAGUCUUUGGAGAUGUCAUCAUGAUUGGGGUUAAGCCUUGCAUAGAAAAGAAUGUAAUGGAGAGCUCUGAUAAAGGCUCUUCAUCCUCCAGUUCUGUGUUUACCCCUCCAGUUAAAACAAUAGGGACUCCAACACAGCUGCCAAACACACCUCGAGCCACAUCUAUGCGACCCCUCAGUGCUGCCUAUAAGGCAUCCAGCAGUGACUACCAGGUGGUUUCUGACAAGCAGACCCCAAGGAAAGAUGAGAGUUUUGUUUCCAAAGCAAUGGAGUACAUGUUUGGUUGGUAGCGAUUUGAGCUUUGUUGCUGAAGAAAGAUCAGUGGAAAUGGAGUAAAACAACCAACGGCAAUGCCUACAGAUUUACUUUCAAAAACUGAAACUGCAGCUUGGUUAGUUGUAUAACCAUUUCUGUUAAACACGCCUUGCUGAUACAGGCUACAUUUCAAUAAUUUGCACUUUAUAGUAGUAGUGGGCUGUGCAGGGUUUAUGGACUAUGCACUGUGUACUGUAUAUAAGUAAGCAGAGCAUUAUUUUGUGAGUCUGUAAAAUGAGGUUUCAAAAGAGGAAAAAGAACAAGAAAUCGAAAGCUGUGGCUCUGUAUUUUUAAACAGGCCAUAAGAGUUUUAGAAACAAGAGUUUAAGUUGUCUGUUGGUGAGUGGGAAAUCCCGAUAUUCUUUGACAAAUUAAGUUCUGGAAAAUAACCAGUUUUGUACUGUUUUCAAUCUUUUCAUAUCACUGAAAAGACUGAAAGUCAUAUCACUGUGCCUAUUUUAAUAAGGUUGAUUCAUAGUAGCUUCCAAAGAAAGGUUGAAAAAAGAUUUUUUUUGUUUGUUGGGCAAGUAUAAGAUUCUGUUUGUGGUAUUGAAUUCUUAACCUGAGUAUUUGGGCUAUGGUUUUAAAAUGAAAUAAAAUAACUUUCAGUUUAAGACCAGAUUAAAUCCAACUUUUUAAAUUUGUCUAUGUAUACUGCCUUUAUGUUCUCUUUGAGAACUUAUUUUUAAAGAUGCUUUACAGGCUGUGUAUGUAUUGAUCCAAUUAAGAUUGUGUUUUUUUUCUAUCCUUUGAAAGUGAAAUGUAUUCCUUUGUCUUUUCCUUGUUUGUCUUUUUAAAUCUGUGUAUUUCCAUAACUCUGAAAAUACCUCUACUAUCUGAAAAUUACUGUUUUAUGAAGUUUCUAAUAAAUAAUGCAUCAUACUGUAUGUCAUGGUUCAUUUUUGUAUGGGCAAAAAUGGUAUGCUAAAAUUUUGAUUAGUGCUUGGUUUUGAAAUGUGAAAAACCAUGAAGCUACUUCUUACUCUACCUCUUUCCUCCCAAAGGCAUGCUGGUUAUGUUUGAUUAGUUACUUUAAAAAUGUCCCUUUCUGAGGGUUUCUGCCUUUUGUUGUGUUUUGCUGUAAGCAUUAAGUGGUAGUGGUCAGGGGAUUCCUUCCUUCAGUUAGAGUUGGGUGUCGUGGACUGGGAUCAAGCACAAUUAGAAAUGGAGCUGUUUUUUUAAUGUUUUAUAACAUUA